UGACUCUGUCGCUCCCGCCGCUGGGUCGGCACCAUCGCUGCUAUUGCUGAUAUUGUUACCGCUGUCGUUACCGCUGUCGUCACCGCUGUCGUCACCGCUGCCAUUGCCAGCCCGGCAUAGAUCUUCGCCACUGCUGCUGAUACCAACGCCCCUCGCUGCUGCUUCUGCCACACCGCUGCCUCGUGCUGCAUUCGCUCUUCCGCAAGCCCGGUUGCUUCCAUGGAGGGCUUCAAAGAACGUUUGGCGCUAUUCGAGCGGCUCAUUACGCCGUAUCGACCCGAGCUGAGCGCCGAGGAGUUUCGCCAAGAAUGCUUCAACGGCAUCCCAGAUAAGCCUGUGUUGCGCUCAAAGAGCUGGAAGAUUCUCCUCAACUAUUUGCCCUAUGACGAGCGGGCCCGCUGGGGAGAGAUCUUGUUUCAGAAGCGAUCGCUCUACUAUUCCUUCCUGCGAGAGCUCAUCACCGACCCUGCCGCUGAUGAAUCCAUUGCGGCUCUAGUGUCCAAAGCCGAUGACCAUCCCCUCAACAACGCACUUGACUCUCGCUGGAAGACGUAUUUCCAAGACAAUGUUAUGCUUGAGCAAAUCGACAAGGACGUUCGACGGACUCUGCCCGACCUCGCGUUCUUCCAACAGCCCGUCCCAGCCAGUCUCUUCUCGCCCCUGUCUCCCAACUAUGGUGGCAGCAUCAUCGACCCGAGCGAUCUUUUCUGGAUCAGCUGCAGCGCAUCCAUGUCUCUUGAUGCUCUUCCUCCUGUCCCUGCGAUCGAUAAUCGGCGGUGUCUGUUCAAGCGACUCGGUCACUGCUAUGCUGACGACGAAUUUGGAUCCCGGUCGCAUGCCCGCCAAACCACCCCCCUUCAAGACGCACCGCGCGAUCCUUCGUCCGAGAUGAUCGGGGACCCUCUCCAGUCUCAGACGCAUCUGCAAGACCCCGAUGCGGACCUGCACUGGGAAGCGAACGAGCGGAUCCUGUUCAUCUACGCCAAGCUCAACCCCGGGGUUGGAUACAUCCAGGGCAUGAACGAGCUUCUGGCCCCGAUAUACUAUGUCAUGGCCCACGAUUCAGAAGAAUCCAGAGCCCAUGCCGAAGCGGACUCCUUCUUCCUAUUCACGGCGCUGAUGUCCGAGUUUCGCGACCACUUCAUUCGCUCCCUCGAUAACGUUCAAGAGAGCAUGUCUCCAUCCAGCGCAUCACCCUCCUCCAAGCGGGCAUCCAUCAGCGAAGUGUCGAUGGAGCAGGCUUCGGGCAAUGGAAUCGGGAACAGCAUGUCGCGAUUGAUGCGUCGGCUACGCAAGAGGGACCCUGUGCUGCACAAAGAUUUUGAGCGCAAGAACAUCCACCCAGCCUUCUUCGCUUUCCGAUGGCUCACGGUCCUCCUCACACAAGAGUUCCCGCUCCCGGAUACAUUGAGGAUCUGGGACUCUAUCCUGGCAGACCUCGCCCUGGACCUCGCCGAGAAAACCAGCACGCCUACCAAGUCGCUGGCUGAUCUGAGCGACGAGUACGAGAUUGUCCGUGUAGGCCCCAACUUGAUUCGGGAGGGGCGGUUUGACUUUUUGAUCGACUUUUGCUGUGCUAUGCUCAUCUGUAUACGCGAUGAUCUCCUGUCCAACGGAUUUGCAGAAAACAUCAAGCUGCUGCAGCACUACCCUGUCGUCGAUAUCAACGUCAUCCUCAACAAAGUCAACGAGUUUCGAGAGAACGAGUGGCUGGUCUACCAAAAAUCGCAGGAGCUGGCUUCCGUCAUCUCCACUCCAACAAAGGUGCAGGACUCGCCCACCAAGAGCAGAUCGCCCACAAAACCUGAUUCAGCCCAGCCCGACAUCGCGCCUCCCCUUUCUGGCACAGCAGCGUCUCGCAGUAGGAGCGGAAUCAAUUGGUCUGCUGUCCUCGCUCGCCAUGACAACAUCAAGUUUGCGCCACCAUCAGCCACAGCAGCCGCUCCGGGUGAGAUUCGGUCGACAGCCAGCCUGGAAUCCAAAGACACAGUGCCCGCUCCACCUGGAGUCCCGACCACCAAUUUCGGCCAGACAGGCCCCGAGAGCUCGUCUACUGUCCUCCAGGGUGUGAAAAAGUCGCUUCAUGGUGGCUGGAACAGCCUCUUUGCCGCUGGCAAGCCUGUCGCAUCGGCGACAUCCCAAGAAACACCCCAAGGCGACUCCCAGGAAUCCGUGUCAACUCAACAACAGCUCGCCAAAGGAUUCGCCGUUUUUACCAAGGGCAUUGUCGCUGGAUCGGCUGUUGUAAGCCAGGCCAUGGGCCGACUCAGUACCGUGGUCGCAGAUGCUUUAGAGCCUCCGACUUUCCCGGAAGAAGGCGGCCCGCUGGAUGAAGCACUGUCGUCGAAACCACCAAACCCCGAUGGUGCCGAGACCGUGUUUGAUGCCGAUCACGCCAUGAAUGAGGCUGUCCAUUCCGCUGCUGUUCCUGAUGCUCAGCCCAUUGCUGAGAUGCAAAGCUAGUUCUGUGUCUCGUUCCAGCGAUUGCUGCAUGGUAACCCCACAAACACAAUAUAUCUUAUGGCCGGGCUCAGCCGGAUCCUCGAA